AUGAGAGCCUCUCCAUUGGUCGCCAAGCUGGCAGCGCCAGCUUUCGCGGCAGCAGCUUGCUUAGACCCGAUUGAACGUGUUCCGCUCGUGAUACCUGGAGCACAGCCACCUUUUGCAAAGCUGGCUGACCCGGCCCUAUCUUCGUUCUCGCUCGAGUUUCAAUACUGGCCUGUAUACGCCGGUAAUGCCACUGGUCAGCCUAAUCAUUAUGUGAACAAUCUGCUCAGCAACCUCGGUAACAGGACCGGCACGACGCCGGCCGUGCGAGUUGGAGGCACCAGUGAAAACACGGCGGUCGUCAACACGUCUCUCCAAGUAUGGAACCCCGCGCAACUGAAGGAAGUAUUUGGACCCUUCGUCACAAGAUCCACCACUCUCAUUGGCAAAGACUGGUAUGCACUCGCCGGCAACUUGCCAGUUGGUACUGAGCUCACUUUCGGCCUCAACUUGUACAAUGACUCGCAAGUGGCGGCCCAAACUAAGAUGCUCGCCGAAGCGUUCCAAGGCUCUCGUCGCUCGCUCACCAAGGAUGUGACGCUUAAGUACAUCCAAAUCGGUAAUGAGCCCAACUUUUACUUUUUUAAUGCCACAGAAUUCGCAGACCACUGGAGGACUCUUGCCCAGACAGUCAUGCGAAAUAUAAAGAUGGGAGGGAAUAAGAAUCCUGCUUUCUGGGUCGGAUCCGAAGUCAUCGCUGAGGAAUUUGGCCCUCCCUUCCAGCUGACGGGAACCCUGGACGCGGGUAUUCUUGAUGAUAAGAAUGUGUCUGAAAUUGCUCCUGUUCUUGAGGAACACCUUUAUUCAGGGUCCUCAGGUAGAGGUGCUGUUCCUGGUGGACCACCUCCUGGAACACUCAUGGACAAGCAGUCCAUUCGAGGAAACCUAUCGCUCCUCUACAAUGGGGUACUGAAUGUGGAAAGUUACAACAAAACUUAUUACUUGGGCGAAACCAACACCUACGGGAGACAAGCGAUAUUUGGUCUAUCGAAUACCGGUGAAUCGGCUAUUUGGACCGUAGACUACAUGCUCAAAGCGGCCGCCAUGGGCAUCAAGCGCGUCUACUUACACAGCACUCCCAACCGCUUGUUUGCCGUUUUUCAGCCCGGAUGGGGCUUUACCAACGGCACCGGCAUCGAGCGCCCACACAUCAUGCCCAUGUACAAUGGGCUUCUCGUUGUCAACGAGAUGAUUGGCAGCAGCGGACGGUCGAAAAUCGCCGAGAUUGAAAACGGGAACGCCGGCUUGUCCACGUAUGGAGUGUGGGAGCAGAAUAAGCUAAAGAAGCUGGUUCUGAUCAACUCGAAUGUAUUUACGGAAGCAUCGGCCGCGAGGUCCGCCUUCAACGUCACCCUCGGUGGGCGUAACGUCGGACGCCAGGCCACAGUGAAGCGACUGAGCAUCCCAUACACCAACUCCACAUCUGGCAUCACAUGGGCCGGUCAAUCCUUCGAAACUGAGAGCGGAGUUCCUUCUGGACACCCCAAGGAGGAAAACAUGAACGGAGCGACCGUCACUGUUGCCGCGUCAGAGGUCGUGCUGGUUCAGUUUAAAUAG